AUGGUCGCCAACGAGAAGCCCGCGUCUACCUUUAGGUACAAUGAGAAGCCCGUGUACACUACUUCCAAUGGCUUUCCUAUCGAGAAUCCCUCUAAGUGGCAGCGAGUUGGCACUCAUGGUCCUCUCCUACUUCAAGACUUCCACUUGAUUGAUCUACUCGCCCACUUUGACCGCGAGCGUAUCCCUGAGCGUGUCGUCCACGCCAAGGGUGCCGGCGCCUACGGUGAAUUCGAAGUCACCGAUGACAUCAGUGAUAUCAGCUCUAUUGAUAUGCUGACUGGCGUUGGUAAAAAGACACCAGCCGUCGUUCGGUUCUCUACCGUCGGUGGCGAAAAGGGGUCGGCCGACAGCGCCAGAGAUCCUCGAGGAUUUGCCCUUAAGUUCUACACUCAGGAGGGCAACUGGGACUGGGUCUACAAUAACACACCCAUCUUCUUCCUCCGAGAUCCCACUAACUUCCCACUCUUCAUCCACACUCAGAAGCGUAACCCUCAGACCAAUCUGAAGGAUGCUACUAUGUUCUGGGACUACUUGUCUACCCACCAAGAAUCCGUCCACCAGGUUAUGCACUUAUUCUCUGACAGAGGAACGCCUUACUCAUACCGGUUUAUGAAUGGCUACUCUGGCCACACCCACAAAUGGACCAAGCCUGACGGAUCUUUUGUCUAUGUCCAAGUACAUCUAAAGACUGACCAAGGAAGCAAGACCCUCACCAACGCGGAAGCUGGCAAGUUGGCUUCUGACAACCCCGACUUCGCAACCCAGGACCUGUUCGAGUCUAUCCAAAAGGGCGAGUUCCCAAGCUGGACCGUCUAUGUACAAGUCUUAACCCCAGAACAAGCUGAGAAGUUCAAGUGGAACAUCUUUGACUUGACCAAGGUCUGGCCACAGGCUGAAGUACCUCUCCGACGAUUCGGCAAGUUGACACUCAACAAGAACGUAGAAAACUACUUCGCCGAGAUUGAGCAAGUCGCUUUCUCUCCGUCGCAUCUCGUCCCUGGCGUUGAGCCCUCGGCAGACCCCGUACUCCAAUCCCGUCUAUUCUCAUACCCCGAUACCCACAGGCACAGGCUCGGUGUCAACUACCAGCAAAUUCCUGUAAACGCACCUCUUCAUGCUUUCAACCCCUUCCAGCGUGACGGAGCCAUGUCCGUAAACGGAAACUACGGCGCCAACCCCAACUACCCCAGCAGCUACCGCAACUUGACUUACCAGGCCAUCAAGCCUACGAACCCCCACGAGAAAUGGUCCGGAGCCGCUGUCAGCGACCUAUUCGACGAGAUCCAACCCCACGACUACGAGCAAGCCAACGGCCUCUGGAAGGUCCUCGGCCGGACCCCGGGUCAACAGGAGAACUUCGUCAACAACGUCGCCGUCCACCUAAAGGAUGCCCACAAGGACACGCGGGAGCGAACAUACGACAUGUUCACCAAGGUCAACCCCGAGCUCGGCGCCUCCAUCAAGGCCGAGACUGAGAAGAACGUUAAGCUAUGA